AUGACAAAAAUUGCUCGCCCCGACUUCGAUGCCACUUUGGCGUCCCUCACUCAAACCCUUGUGGAUUACUUCCUCAGUAUCGGGCUCCCUGCCGAGGCUGUCGAGAUGUAUAAAAAGUGCCUUCUGCUCAACACACAGGGUGGAAAACUUCAUCGUUGUUGGACAGUUCUUGAUACCGCACAGGCCCUCAAGGUCGAUGCGUUGACCACCGAGCAAACACAAGAUCUGAUGGUUCUGGGAUGGCUAGUCGAGAUACAGAACGCGGCUUACCUUAUCUGGGAUGAUAUUAUGGACGGCUCGGAGACUCGCCGUGGACAACCCUGCUGGUAUCGCCGCGAUGAAAUCGGGCUCAUGUCUAUCAAUGACGGCUGCCUCCUCGCUUCGACGGUAUUCAUCGUCCUGAAAACUCAUUUCAAAGAUCACCCGGCGUAUCACGAUCUUGUCGAAGUCUUUCGAGAGACGGCCCUUCAAAUUGAGAUUGGUCAGUCUUAUGACCUCCUCACAGCUUCCCCUCACUACGGAGGGCUCAGCCAGUUCACCAAAGAGAAAUACGAGUUCAUCAUCGAGCGAAAGACCGCAUACUACACUUCGUACACCCCGAUGUCGCUGCCCCUUGUUUAUCUUCAGCUUGCCACGCCAAUGAAUCUCAAAGAGGUGUACAAGGUGGCCUUGUCCCUCGGUCAGUACUACCAGGUACGCAAUGACUACUUGGAUGUCUAUGGGGAUCCUAAGCAAACGGGCAAAGCUGGUACCGAUAUUCAGGAGAACAAAUUGACUUGGCCCAUCCUAGAGGCCCUUGAUCGGUGUAAUAAAGAUCAGAGAUUGACCCUGGAGAAGUUUUAUGGAAGCCAAGAUGACCAGGAAGUUGCCAAAGUGCUCGCUAUUUUUGAUGAACUCAACUUGAAAAAUGUGUUCGAGCAAUGGGAGAACGAGAAGAUUGCUUCUACAAUUAGUAUGAUCGAGAGUAUUGACGAGUCAGAGGGACUGAAAAAAGACGUCUUCAAUGUCUUUUUGGCCAAACUUGAUGGAGAUGCUCUGAGGCACGUCGGCGUUGCAGUUAAUUAG